CGGCGGGCCACAGAUUGAAAGAGGUUCUCUCUGAAGCGAGAAGAGGAAGCGUGUCGCUUGAAAACAAACGCCAAAUUUCAUAAGUGCCAUCUGAUUUUCAUUUAUUUUUUCGGAGAAAAUUAUUUUGGUAGACUCGAGGAGUUGAGCCUUUUUGUGAAUUUCGCGCAGAAGAAACAAAGACAACACCACCGAGUCGCUCCACAACCGUCCAAGGUCCGACGCGAGUGUGGGUUGCAGGGGUGCAAGAUUCUGUCCGUGAGUGGUCACGGGUGGUGGGGGUCGUCUGCCGGGACCCCCGCGGACCCCAAGGGCGAGCUGGGCGAGCACCAGCAGCACCGCUUUUCGUGGCGGGCGCCGUCUCCUACGGGGGCGGCGCGGCCCCUCUCGCCCACAGCCCCUGCCGACAUGGUGGUGCAGAAGGUAGGGCGGCAGUCCAGCCUCACCAGGCUCGGCUCCAUCCUCAACACCGCCGUCCACCCCAAAAGACAACAACCCAGCAACGGCGAGGUGCAGUGGUGUUUCUCGCAGGUCAAGGGGACCCUGGACGAUGAUGUGACCGAGGCCGACAUCAUAUCAUGCGUCGAAUUCAACAGCACCGGCGACCUACUCGCCACCGGCGACAAGGGCGGUCGCGUCGUCAUUUUCCAGCGCGAUCCUCAGUCGAAGACCGCGAUGCCUCGACGGGGCGAAUACAAUGUCUACUCGACCUUCCAGAGCCACGAACCUGAGUUCGAUUACCUCAAGAGUUUGGAAAUCGAGGAAAAAAUUAAUAAGAUCCGGUGGUUGAACCGGCAAAAUCCUGCACACUUUCUGCUCUCAACCAAUGACAAGACCAUUAAGUUGUGGAAAGUCUCCGAGAGGGAUAAGAGAGUCGAGGGAUACAAUACACGCGAGGACACAGGACAGCUCAAGGAUCCGGCAUCCAUCACCUCGCUUAGAGUACCUGUAAUAAAGCCAAUGGAGUUGAUGGUGGAGGCGUCACCACGGCGCAUUUUCGCCAACGCGCACACUUACCACAUCAACUCAAUCAGCGUAAACUCGGACCAGGCGACCUACUUGUCAGCGGACGACCUGCGCAUCAACCUUUGGAACCUUGAGAUCACCGACCAGAGCUUCAACAUUGUCGACAUCAAACCCACCAACAUGGAGGAGCUGACUGAGGUGAUCACUGCCGCUGAGUUCCAUCCAAUUGACUGCAACGUCUUCGUCUACUCGAGCAGCAAGGGCACAAUCCGCUUGUGCGACAUGCGCGAGGCCGCUCUCUGUGAUAAGCACGCCAAACUGUUUGAGGAGCCAGAAGAUCCCACAAAUAGGAGUUUCUUCUCUGAAAUAAUCUCAAGCAUUUCGGACGUGAAAUUGUCCAACUCGGGCCGCUACAUGGUGUCCCGAGACUACUUGUCGGUCAAGGUUUGGGACUUACGAAUGGAAACAAAGCCCAUCGAGUCCUAUGCUGUGCAUGAGUAUUUGCGGGCCAAGCUGUGCUCUUUGUACGAGAGUGACUGCAUUUUCGACAAGUUUGAGUGCUGCUGGAACGGCAACGACUCUGCCAUAAUGACCGGCUCGUACAACAACUUUUUCCGGAUGUUUGAUCGCACCACGAAACGCGACCUCACGCUCGAGGCGUCUCGAGAAGUUGCCAAGCCGCGCACGGUGCUCAAACCCAGAAAGGUGGGAAUGGGUGGCAAGCGGAAGAAGGAUGAGAUCAGCGUGGACUGUCUGGAUUUUGGCAAGAAAAUUUUGCACACGGCGUGGCAUCCGUCGGAAAAUAUAAUAGCCGUCGCGGCCACCAACAACCUUUUCAUCUUCCAGGACAAGUUCUAAUGCCUUUCCUAGAGGAAGACUGGAGGCUCGGGAGGCCUCUGAUUUUGUUGCUGCCAUUUGUUUUGUCGGAAUAAUCUCGCGGUCGGUGCCAUCCGAAGAGAGAGAGAGAGGGAGAGAAUGGAGAAAGAAAGGAAGAAAGCUUUGCUGCUUUGCACAAACUUCAGGGUGGAUCGAGAGAGGGUGUUUUUGUGCCUGUGUGUGUGCCGGGGGGAGUUGAUCCAAAGUAAAAAGACUUGCAACUCGCUCUCACUCACUUGUUGCGUAUAAAUUAUUUUUGUUUAUCGAGUUAUUGGUUAAGAUAAAUUAAUAAAAAGCGUGGGCGCGGCUCCAGCCAAAUGUAUGUACUACGAAACGAACGUACGUGUGGAGAAACUACGAGAAUGAAGACGGAGUCGCGCCUCAAAAGGACUCAAACUGGAGAAAAAAAAAACUAGCUAUGGUUUUG